AUGCUCCCCCAAGGCCUCAUCUUCUCUGCCCUUGUGGCUUUCACUAUCGCUUCCUUUGUCCCUGGCCCUCAGAGGCAGAGACAAAAUGGCAAGAAUUUCCCAGACAUGUUCCUGGCCGAGACUGCCGACGAUCGCGUUGUUCUAGACGUUGCUCGCCUCAAAUAUCAAGGAGGGAAGACGUUGGGGAAUUAA